GAGAAGUACAAAGAAUGUUUACGCGCAGGUCUAGCAGUUCCAAGUAUCUCUUGUGGGCUUAGACACACCUGAGUUACCAUCCCCCUCUUACUGGCUGAGAAAGUUGCCCCACCUGAUUUGUAAGUUUACCUGCGGUAGUCAGUGGAGUGAGGGUGAGUGGGCACCUCAGCCAGCCAACACUGGAUUUAAUCUGGUUAGAAGUAGCACAGCAGCUCUUAUUUGAAAAACCACUGAGUUCUGAGUUCAUUACUACAGGAAAACUCUUCUCCCCUGGGGCGCAGAGAACCUUGCUUCAGAGUAGCCCUACCGGCUCAGGAAUCCAGUCAGAUAAAACCCAUCCUGGAGGAGAAUGGCUACCUAUGCCCUGCAAAUCGCCGGACUGGUGCUUGGUGGUGUUGGAAUGGUGGGCACAGUGGCUGUCACCGUCAUGCCUCAGUGGAGAGUGUCUGCCUUCAUUGGAAGCAACAUUGUGGUUUUUGAAAACCUCUGGGAAGGACUGUGGAUGAAUUGCAUGAGGCACGCUAAUAUCAGAAUGCAGUGCAAAAUCUACGAUUCCCUGCUGGCUCUCUCUCCGGACCUACAGGCAUCCAGAGGACUGAUGUGUGCUGCCUCUGCGCUGUCCUUCCUGGCGUUCAUGACGGCAGUCCUCGGCAUGAAGUGCACCAGAUGCACCGGGGACGAUGAGAAGGUGAAGGGUUACAUCCUGCUAACGGCUGGAGUAGUGUUCAUCGUCACUGGCCUUGUGGUGCUCGUCCCUGUGAGCUGGGUUGCCAAUUCCAUCAUCAGAGACUUCUACAACCCAAUAGUGGAUAUUGCCCAAAAACGUGAGCUGGGAGAAGCCCUCUACGUAGGCUGGACCACGGCGCUGGUGCUGAUCGCUGGAGGGGCACUGUUCUGUUGUGUUUCUUGUUGCAAUGAAAAGAGCAGUAGCUACAGAUAUUCCAUACCUUCCCACCGAACGACCCAGAAAAGCUAUCACAUGGAAAAGAAGUCACCGAGUGUGUACUCCAGAAGUCAGUAUGUGUAGUUGUGUAUAUUUUUAAACUACCUAGAGAGCCAUGCAGAUGACAAAAAUAUCCACUAUUUUCUAAAAAUGGAACCCCCCAAAAAACACUGAUUUGCUGUUCUUAACUGCCUGAUAUUAAUUACAGGGACUGUGCAUCAGCUCUUUAUGAUUCUAUAAGCGAUUUCAGCCGAAUGAGAUAUUAUACACAUUGCUCUGAUUGUUCUAGAAAGUACAGUCAUUUGUUUUCUAAAAUGGUUCAUGCUGUUUUCUCCUUUUAUCAGUUACUUCAAAAUGACAUUGUUAAAGACGAUUAUUUUACCACUGUGAUUUCUUUAUGGCAUAGCGUUAUGCAUAUAGAUGAGAGUGACGUUUUUAUGUCGCAUAAAUAGAGACAGGCUUAUAUCGUUCUAUUUUAAAUGAAACACUGAUUCAUUACACUGAAUAAAUAGAAUUCAACUAUUGCUUUUCAGGGGAACCAGGGAUAAGAUUGAAGAAGGUUAAUAUUAAUUGUUUAAAAACAGCUUAGUGAUGAAUGCACUUGAUUUAUAAUGAAGGUUAAAAUGAAGGCUUUAAUCAGCAGUGUAAAGGGAACUAAAUGGUUUUUUGAGAUCCUGUUUUUCAGCCUAGGAGUUAGAAAUCCUAACUCCUUUAUCCUCAUUCCCCAGAGGCCUUCCUUUUCUUGUAUAUUAAAUGAACAGCUUUUAAAAGGCAGAUAUUUUGUCAAGGGGCUUUGCAUUCAAACUGCUUUUCCAGAGCUAUACUAAGAAGAAAGAUAAAACUAUAGUCUUAGAAACAUUAAAGACUUCAGGAAAGUGAAAAAAAUUUUUUUUUCUUUUUAAGAUUUUGUGGCUGGAGAAGGAUGCAUUUUGACAAGAAAUCAUAUAUAUAUAUGAAUAUUUUAGUAACUAUUUGUAUACAGACUUUGGGUUUUCAUUAAUGUAAAUAACAGAAGAGAAAAAUAAUAUGUCUUUAUUUGCUUACUACAAAACAAAACUGAGCUGUCCUUUGUGAAAUGCAUCUUCUCCUAUGUGGAUACUUAAGUCAAAAUUGUCAUUUAAGUCCUUCAAAGAUAAAAUUUUUAUUUGUUCCAUUUUUGUUCAACUUUACUAAGGUAUAGAAUUACUAUAUCUUGUGUUUUCCCCAAAUUUGAUCCAACUGUUAAUCGGAUUUGAAAGUUUGUAUCUACAUUUUUCUACCUUAAAUGACUAUGUAUGUUAUCUGCUUUAUGUCUUUUGUAUUAAUAAAUUGUGCCUUUUUAUAUUAA